AGAACAAUGACAAGGCAAGUACUGCUGUUCGUCUGUCUCCUCUCCAUCGGCUCGGUGCUCGGGCAGGUCAGCUACACGAUACCGGAGGAGAUGACCAAAGGAUCUUUAGUGGGCAAUAUAGCACACGAUUUAGGUUUACAAACCAAACGCCUAGCAUCUGGUAAAGCGCGAAUUUAUACCCGAGACAGCGACGAGUACAUCGAGCUGAACAGAGAAAGAGGAGUCCUCCUUGUUAAACAGAGAAUAGACAGAGAGGCGCUCUGCAGACAGACGACGCCGUGUGCUUUACAUUUUCAGAUUAUUUUAGAGAAUCCUAUGGAAUUUUACACCGUCACCGUCCAGAUCACUGACAUUAAUGAUAAUGCACCAACCUUUGAAAAAAAUGAGAUGAAAUUUAAAAUCAGUGAGACAGCCGUGAUUGGAGCAAAAUUUGUGCUGAAAAGGGCUGUGGAUCUUGAUGUUGGAAUUAAUGAUCUUAAAAGUUACGAAUUAAAGCCAACUGAUAAUUUUGCUCUGAAACUGCACAACAACGCUGAUGGGAAUAAAAACGUUGAGAUGGUGCUGCAGAAACCUUUAGACAGAGAGAAACAAGAGCAGAUAUCUCUUGUGUUAACGGCUGUAGAUGGAGGAGAGCCGCAGAUGUCAGGAACAAUGCUGAUUAUCAUCACAGUUUUAGACGCUAAUGAUAAUGCCCCAGUUUUUACACAGCCAACAUACAAGGCUACAGUUACUGAGAAUUCACCAAGAGGAACAGUUGUUGCCACUGUUACAGCCUCAGAUGAAGAUGAAGGCUCUAACGGCAAAAUAACUUAUUCAAUCACGAAUACGUUAGACGAUGUGAGUAAAGUUUUUGAGGUAAACGAAGGAACCGGUCAAAUUACGUUAAUUGGAAAUAUUGAUUUUGAGGAGUCGCGGAACUAUCAAAUAAAUUUACUUGCUAGUGAUGAGGGAGGACUCACAGAUUCAUGCAAAUUAAUUGUCGAUGUGCAAGACAUGAAUGAUAACAAGCCUGCAAUUGACAUAAUGUCAAAAACAACUGUUAUUUCAGAGGAUGCUAAACUGAAUACAGUCGUUACAAUGAUAAAUAUUGAAGACAAAGACUCAGGAGAAAACGGAAAAGUGCAAUGUUUUAUCAGUGAUAGUGUACCCUUCAUUUUAAAGGCAUCAACAAACAAUUUCUAUAGUUUGGUGACAGACAGUGAUCUGGACAGAGAGAGAGCCUCUGAGUAUAACAUCACUGUGACCUGCUCUGAUGAGGGAGUGCCCUCCCUCUCCAGCAGCGUCACUCUCACCUUACAGAUCUCUGAUGUGAAUGACAACGCGCCUGUGUUUGAGAGGAGCUCAUAUGAGGCCUACAUUGUAGAAAACAACACACCAGGCCUCUCUAUUUUCACAGUGAAAGCCAGAGACGCUGACUGGAACCAGAAUGCGCGUGUUUCUUACAUACUGGAGGACUCCUCUGUCAACGGAGUGCCAGUCUCCUCAUAUGUGUCGGUCAGUGCUGAUAGUGGAGUCAUCCAUGCAGUGCGCUCUUUUGACUACGAGCAGAUCAAAGAUUUCCAGUUCCGCGUCAAGGCGCAGGAUGGAGGCUCCCCUCCACUCAGUAGCAACGUGACAGUGAAAAUAAUGAUCCAGGACCAGAACGACAACCCGCCUCAGGUCCUGUACCCAGUCCAGACUGGUGGCUCUGUGGUGGCUGAGAUGGUGCCUCGUUCAGCAGAUGUGGGCUAUCUGGUGAUUAAAGUGGUGGCUGUUGAUGUGGACUCUGGCCAGAAUGCGUGGCUGUCGUAUAAACUGCAGAAAGCCACAGACAGGGCGCUGUUUGAAGUGGGCUCACAGAAUGGAGAAAUAAGAACUAUCCGCCAAGUGACUGAUAAAGAUGCAGUGAAACAAAGACUGAGUGUUAUCGUGGAGGACAACGGGCAGCCCUCUCGUUCAGCGACAGUCAUUGUGAACGUGGCGGUGGCGGACAGCUUCCCUGAAGUGCUGUCGGAGUUCACUGACUUUCCACACGACAAGGAGUACAAUGACAACCUGACUUUUUACUUAGUGUUGGCUCUGGCUGUAGUCUCCUUUCUGUUCAUCACGUGUUUGGUGGUGAUUAUAUCAGUGAAAAUCUACAGAUGGAGACAGUCUCGCGUGCUGUAUCAGUCCAACCUGCCUGUGAUUCCAUAUUAUCCACCACGUUACUCAGACAUUUUGGGGGCAGGGACUCUGCCACACGUGUACAACUACGAGGUGUGCAGGACGACUGACUCGAGAAAGAGUGACUGUAAGUUCGGCAGAGCUGGUAGUCAGAACGUGCUGAUAAUGGACCCCAGUUCAACAGGGACGAUGCAGCGGAUGCAGAGUGAGAAGAGCAUCCUGGAUGAACCAGACUCUCCUCUAGAGGUUAGAAAUAUCCCCCUUUGGUUUUUUCAGUGCUGCACGUUUACAUGUGUGUCUUUUCGCUGA